AUGAGAGCUGACAAUGAUGACAACGCCGCCCUGAGCGCCGACGAAGACUUGCUACGGGACAACGAGGAGCCCUCAUCGACCGCCUUCGUCUCCCCUCCGCUCCCACAACUCACCAACGAGCCGCAGACGCUCCCGGACUCGUGCGUGAGCCUCUCCCGCCCCUUCCUGCGCGCGCUGCACGCCCUCCUCCCGCCUUCGCCGCACCUCACCCUCUCGAUCGGCAGCGGCACCGGCCUCGUCGAGGCGCUGCUGCACGGUCUCGCGCCGCCGCCCAACCUCGUCAGCGUCGAGGUCGCGCCCAGCCCGAACAGGUACCAUGCGGCGCACCGCACCGUCCCGGGGACCUGGGCCCUCGAGCCCCUCGCCGCGCGGGCGAGGGCUUGGGUGUUUGUGUACCCGAAGCAGGUGGCGCUCGUGAGGGCGUACGUGGAGGCGUUUCUCGGCCGUCGGGACGCGGGGGCGGAGGUGGAGGUUGUGGUUUACGUCGGGCCGAGGAUGGAUUGGGACGAUUUCCGGGGUGCUUUGGAGGAGGCGGGCGUCGCGGGCGAGGUCGAGGUCGAGGUUUGGGGGGAGGAGAGGAUGGAGGCUGUAGGGGGGAGGGCGUGGGAGUGCGUUGCUGUCGUGAGGCCGAGAGGGAGGUCUGCUCCGAAGUCGUGA